AUGGCGGAAAGUGGCGGCGAGACUCCCGACGCCCAGGAUGUCGCAAUGACAUACCUGGAGCAACUGAGGAUGCUCCACAGCAGCGUGCUCAAUCGGCAGAUGGUUCGCACGGCUGCGGCAGGUGAUGUGGUAGACGCCCUCAAGCAGCUUGCGGAGCUGGUGAUUUGGGGAGAGAAGAAUGAUUUCGAGCCCCUGUUUGACUACUUCUGCGAGGAGAACAUGAUGGAUUUCCUCACCGCGGUGCUGCCGAAUUCCCACUUCAGGCUGGUGCGCAUCCAGCUGCUGCAGACGAUCUCCAUGAUCAUCCACAACGUGGUGAACGAGCGGAUGCUGUGUAAGUGCCCAAACUACCUCCUGUCCAACAACUACCUCAACGCGCUCAUCACCCACCCCAACAUGCACACCGGCGGCGACGUCAGCAGUUGGACCGCUUCGCUGCUGAAGACCCUGAGCGGCAUUCUCAACCAGACCACGAUAAAGUUCUUCUGCCAGGAGGGCAAUGAAACGUUUCCGCUUCUGGACGAGGCCGUGAAGCUGCUCUCCAGCAGCGACAGCAUGAAGCGCGCGCACGCGAUGACGAUCAUGCUCAACAUAUUGCGACUGAACGACCCAUCCGUGACGCGGUACCUGUUGGACAAGUCGCACAUCCUGACGCAAAUGGCCCUGUACCUGAGGUACAGCUGGCGUCGGCUCAACAAGCACGUCAAGAACGCCACGUUCCAAAGCGUCGGCCAGACGGAGUCCAUCCUGCUGACGCAGUGCGACGACGUGUUCCAGUUCCUCAUGGACGUGAUGGACGUCGGUAACGCCGACGUCAACGAGGCGCUUCUUCGACGGCUGUUCAGCACGUGUUUCUUCCCGCUGCUGUGCUCGCUGCUGCGCGGCCGCGACACCGAGGCGUCUCUUUUGGAUGCCGUCGACGUCCCCGAGUUGCCGCAGUGCGGCUUCUUCAGGUCCGCGUACCAGCAGCUGCUGACGCAGAAUGGGCUUUUGGGCGUUUACGCGACCAACAAGAGCGACCUGUUCGCCGGCACCGUGCUUCGCCUCGAGGCGGACGGCGAGGCGGGGGGCACGUCGCCCACCUGCGAAGGCGACACCGCCUCGCAGGGCGGCGAGUCAGCCUCCACGUCCUCGACGCCGCGGUCGAUGGCGGACUUCCAGAACAUGAACAUCCCGGCGAUGCUGCUGGCAAACGAGAUGCUACCGAACGUGGCCUACUACCUUCUGGUUACCCAUUUGGCGUCAGCGAGGAGGGACGAUGUGCGCCGGUACAUUCUGCUGCUGACGAUGUGCCCGUUCAUCCCGAGGAAGGUCCUGGAGCACGUCGCGUUUUUCAACGUGUGCAACAGCAACGGCGAGAAAUCCGCCGAGGCGUCUGCGGAUGACAAGGCCGCCUUGGACGCACAGACGGCGGACGCUAAGGUGGCUGCGGUGUUCAGCUGCAUGAACGCGUGGGAGCGGCACGUCUACGGCCCUCACUCCAUCCAGCUGCAAGACGGCCACGGCCAGAAGGAGCGGAGCACCUCGGGCGACUACGUUCCCAACCUGGUGAUGGGCGAGUUCGUGCGCAUCGGCAUCUGCUGCGUGUCUAGGAACGACAGCCGGCUGUCGAUGCUAAUGGCGCUGAUGCACAGCCUGCAGAACUCGUUCAUGAAGCAGGCGCCCAGCCCCGACAUCGCGGGCGACUUCCCCUUCGAGCAGUUCAUCGCCGUGCCGAGCACUGCCCAGGGUUUGCACGUGGUGGUCCAGGGUAUCAACUCCGUCGCGAAGCACCUCAGCUCGCCGAGCCUGCGCGUCCAGACGUUGAGCGUGGUGCUCUCCGUGGCGCUCAACAGCAUCGACAUAAUCCAGCAGUACAACCCGAGCGAGAUCGCGUCGAUGGUGGACGAGAUCCGUUUCCACCUGGACACCGGGUUCAACGAGCUGGCGCUGCUGAUCGACAGCGAGCUCGAGCACUGCACGUCGCUGCACAUCUCCGUUUUCUACGACGAAUGGCUGCGGCUGGAGGCCGGUGUCACGCGUCGGUUGAACAUUCUGGAGUACCCGCACAUCCUGCUCGACCCUGAGCGCAACGGUUCGGUGAGGCGCAGGCUGCGUCGGAGCGACCGGAGUCUAACGAGGUCCAGCUCGCUGCCCACCAUCGCCUCCAGCGCCAAAGACGGCGCGGAGCCGCAGUCGAAGGAGCACGUGGCUGCGGCGGGAGCUGCUCGGAGCAUCUACCCCGAGGUGCUCAACGAGGUGAUGACCCAUCGCACGCCUAUCAGCUUGUGGCUGUUCGGCGACUGGCAAGACCGCAAGACUACCGCCGACCGCGCGUCGAACCAGCGCAACCAGCAGGAUCUUGUGGCCGAGUCGCGUCUCGUGAAGGCUCAGAAGUACGACACGUGGGAGGUGAUGCGUGAGCCGCUGCAGCUGUUCCGCAGGCACCUGCAAGUCGCGUGCCUCGUGAAGGACACGCUAGAGGAACUGGGCUCGUGCGUCCCGAGUCAGGACGGUACCACGCUUUCGCCCAGGUCGCGGCGAACUGCCGCCUACGACCGUUGCCCUCUGCUCAAGGAGGAGCAGAUCGCAAUAAACGGCACCCCCGUGACGCUGGGCGCGCUGGUCUCGCUGGAGAAGGUCCGCAAGUACCCCUGUGUCAUGGUCCUGGAUUCGGAGCGGAAGCGCCGUUUCGUGGUCUGCAACGACACCUUCUUCCUGCUGGUGCGCGAGAAGCCGCACACAUCCCUCUUCGAGGCGACGUGCAUCCACCCGCUGUGGAACGUCGAGAUCCGUCGGCUGGACGUGUCGUCGCGCACGUGCUCAGUUGUGAUCAUGUGGUACCCCGAGUCGAAGGAGUCGCCCAGGGAGGGCCAAUCGUACUGCGAGCCGAUGCGGUCGUACAGCGUCACCGCCUUCGACAUCGUGUUCAACUGCGAGGAGGACAUUGUGGAGUACGCGCGGAGGUUCAACAUUGCGGUGUCGCAGCUGACGGCAGCAUGCGCAUCUGCGAUUCGCAACUACCUGGUGCCUUCCCACCAGGCCGCCAAUGGAUCUACCGCAUCCAUACACUAG